CGCGCCGGGAGCAGUGACCCGACAGGUGUCAGAUGUCCCGGAAGGAGCCCCCCAAAAGCGCAGAGCCCAGCCAGGAGCUGCGGUGGCGAGGAACUCCUGCCCGGAUGCUACUGGCGAAAGGAUGAGCUCCACUCUCUAGACUUGGCUGGUACCCGCGAACCCCUCCACCUCUAGACUAGCCUGAGGCGUUUCGGGCCCUGGGGCGACACCCCAUGCACCAGGCAGGGCUUUCGGGUCACUCCACGGCGGGACAGAGAGUUGGGAUCUCGCCCCGGCAGGGCGAUCAAGAACAUGCUCCGUGGGAGCGCAGGGUCUGAUCUCAGAUCGCGCCUGUACCCUGGGUCGCCAGACCCAGUCCCCGCGCCCUCCGGACAGCGCACCCAGAAUGGGCAGCGGAACCCAGGACGACAGCUAGGCCCCUGACGGCGGGGCUGCGAACUCCUCAUCCCGCCAGCCACCUACAGGCGGGUCUCACCUUGGGGGCGUCACGACCCGCCACCCAGCGCCCCUUCCUGGGGCACAGGUUCCGAGCCUUGUCCCCGCCCCUGCGCCCCCAUUGGUCGGGUCCGGGGGGGAGGGACCCGACGGCUCCCAGCUGGACAGAGAGAGGCGGCCGCGGCCCCUCGGAGCGGUACGGACUCGGUCCGCACCUCCCCGAACCCGACGGCAGCUCUCCUUGUGCCUCUAAGCUGAGCGGCCUCGGUGGCAGCUGGACUCUCGGGCGCAGCGGAACGGACAGACUAGCCGACCGUCCCUGGUUCCCAGAGGAGCUCCUGCCCGAGGCGGUGCGGCAGCAGCCGACGGUCCGGGAGCUCUAGGGACCGCGCAGCGUUCGCGGGCGACCCACGCCCCGUCCCGCCGGCCCCAAGCCAGGCCCGCCGCGCGCCGUCGGGGCGGCCCAGAUCCGGGCCCCGCUGGGAGCGGAUGCGCGCGCGGUGAGGACGCCGGGUCCCGCCAUGGCCGCGCGCCCCGGGCCGCUCUGGCUGCUGGGCCUGGCGCUGUGCGCGCUGAGCGGCGGCGGCGUCCCCGGCCCGCGCCCCCCGCUCGGCUGUCCGCAGCGCCGCCUGGGCCCGCGCGAGCGCCGCGACCUGCAGCGCGAGAUCCUGGCGGUGCUCGGGCUGCCCGGGCGGCCCCGGCCUCGCGCGCCCCCCGCCGCCGCCCUGCUGCCGGCGUCCGCGCCGCUCUUCAUGCUCGACCUGUACCGCGCCGUGGCCGGCGACGACGACGAGGACGGCGGGGCCCCCGAGCGGCGCCUGGGCCGCGCAGACCUGGUCAUGAGCUUCGUCAACAUGGUGGAGCGCGAUCCCGCCCUGGGCCACCAGGAGCCCCACUGGAAGGAGUUCCACUUUGACUUGACCCAGAUCCCGGCCGGGGAGGCCGUCACAGCCGCGGAGUUCCGGAUUUACAAGCUGCCCAGCACCCACCCGCUCAACCAGACGCUCCACAUCAGCAUGUUCGAGGUGGUCCCGGAGCAGUCCAACAGGGAGUCUGACUUGUUCUUUUUGGAUCUUCAGACGCUCCGAUCUGGGGACGAGGGCUGGCUGGUGUUGGACGUGACAGCAGCCAGUGACCGCUGGCUCUUGAGCCGUAACAAGGAUCUGGGACUCCGCCUCUAUGUGGAAACAGAUGAUGGGCGCAGUGUGGAUCCUGGCCUGGCCGGUCUGCUGGGGCGACAGGCUCCGCGCUCCAAACAGCCUUUCGUGGUCACCUUUUUCAGGGCGAGCCCCGGCCCGGGCCCCGCCCGAGCCCCUCGGGCAGUGAGGCCCCUGAAGAGGAGGCCGCCGAAAAGGACCAACGAGCUGCCGCCCCCGAACAAACUGCCGGGGAUCUUCGACGACGUCCACGGCUCCCACGGCCGGCAGGUGUGCGGUCGGCACGAGCUGUAUGUGAGCUUCCAGGACCUGGGCUGGCUGGACUGGGUCAUCGCGCCCCAAGGCUACUCAGCCUAUUACUGUGAAGGGGAGUGCUCUUUCCCGCUGGACUCCUGCAUGAAUGCCACCAACCACGCCAUCCUGCAGUCCCUGGUGCACCUGCUGAAGCCGCACGCGGUCCCCAAGGCGUGCUGCGCGCCCACCAAGCUGAGCGCCACCUCCGUGCUCUACUACGACAGCAGCAACAACGUCAUCCUGCGCAAGCACCGCAACAUGGUGGUCCGCGCCUGCGGCUGCCACUGAGGCCCCGCCCCCACCGGCCGGCCCUCCGCGGGGGCGGGGGCCCGGAGACCCCCAGCGCCGUCCCAGCUCAGGAAGAGACCUCCCCAGCGCCGUCCCAGCUCAGGCAGGGAGGCAGCGAGGCACCUCUCCCCUGCCCACAUCCUGCCAGGGGCUGGUCCUCCCCAGGCCCUCUGCCCCAUCGCGUGCCUGGUGGAACUCUGCAUGGUGGUCAUCCAGCAGGGUUCUAUCCCAGCUCCCUCCCCAGAGGCUCAGGCUGACUGUUCUUUGGGGUUGACAGAGUCCUGUCUGAGGACCUACUCUUGUCCAUUGCUGGCGCAGCUGCGGGGGCUGUGGGGUGAACUGAGGCACCUUGAGCCCAGG